AUGUCUUUCGUGGAGGAAGCAGAGACUGAGGACCCGAAGGCGGAUUCGUUCAUCACCCUGGUUGAAGUCACCGAGGUGAUGGCUCUACGUGGACUUCUGAUUGUGCUGGGCUGUUUGGCCAUUGAUGCAGGGUUGACUAUUCCAGCUGUGAUGAGUGCUCUAUCUGUGGCAGGGGGCGACCAAGGCUGCCCUGACGGCUGGACCAGGUUUGAGUCUCGUUGUUUCAAGUUCUUCAAUGAGAAAAAGUCCUGGACCGAUGCAGAGAAAACCUGCCACUCUCUCGGUGCAAACCUACCCUCCAUCCACAGCCUGGAGCAGAACCGUUUCAUUGUGGACAUGAUCGUAAAGAGCACUGGGACCAACAUUCACACCUGGCUUGGUGGGACUGAUGCUGUGGAGGAAGGAAAGUGGCUGUGGAGCGAUGGAUCUGUUUGGGACUUCACCCAUUGGCCCCCUUCAGGCUCACAGCCAGAUAACGCUGCAGGAAAAGAGCACUGCCUCAUGAUGAACUGGGACGCAACAUUUUGGAAUGACGCCCCAAACUCCUGGUCUCUGGUCUACAUCUGUACCAAAGAUGUUCUGCAGCCGACACCUAAACCCAAGGAAGUGUCCCUGACUCUGGAGGGCUUCAUCUGCCGUUGCACCCCUGAAAAGAAGUGA